AUGUCUGGGCUUGAGGAAGCAGUUCUUGGAGGCCGUGGCAACCAUCAUUCUGCUGGUGGCAACUCUGUAUUAUGCUUUGGGCAGUGCCAAUACACAGCAGAAGAGUACCAGGCCAUCCAGAAUGCCCUGAGGCAGAGGCUUGGCCCAGAAUAUAUUAGUAGCCGCAUGGCUGGAGGAGGUCAGAAGGUGUGUUACAUUGAGGGUCACAGAGUUAUUAAUCUGGCCAAUGAGAUGUUUGGUUACAAUGGCUGGGCACACUCUAUUACACAGCAGAAUGUUGAUUUUGUUGACCUCAACAAUGGCAAGUUCUACGUAGGAGUCUGUGCAUUUGUGAGGGUCCAGUUGAAGGAUGGCUCAUAUCAUGAAGAUGUCGGUUAUGGUGUUAGUGAGGGACUCAAGUCAAAGGCCUUGUCUUUGGAAAAGGCAAGGAAGGAGGCAGUGACAGAUGGGCUGAAGCGAGCACUCAGGAGUUUUGGGAAUGCACUUGGAAAUUGUAUUCUGGACAAAGACUAUCUGAGGUCACUAAAUAAGCUUCCACGCCAGUUGCCUCAUGAAGUGGAUUUAACUAACGCAAAGAGACAAGAUUUUGAACCAUCUGUGGAACAGGCAAGAUAUAGCAGCUGCCGACAGAAUGUGGCUCUGGUACCCCCAAAGCCACAGGAGGUGACCUCCCCUUGCAGACCAGGCCACUCAGAUGAUCCCCACAUUGUGAUACAGGGGGAUAAGGACAGCAGCUCCCGAAGCCUGACCUCUUCUGCUACAGAGAGUGAUGCCACAUACCAGCGGAAGCUCCGGCAAAAGCAGAUGCAACAGCAGUUCCGGGAGCAAAUGGAGAAACAGCAGCAAGGUCAAAUAUCUGCUCCAUCAGUUGAAAAGAAGAGUCAGGCAGCGCUGCCAGCUCCUUCUUUGAAGCACAGUGCUCCUGUUCCAGAACCACUCCCUAAGAAAGAGUUCGUUGCAGACAGCCUUGAAAUGUGGGAUAUGACUCCAGAUUUAGAGGACAUUGUCAAGUCCCUGCCUAGGCCAGAACCACUUGAGACAGUUGCCAUACCAGUCCUGAAGAACCACAUGGUGACCCGAAACAGAGCUCCACAAGGACUUUGCCUCCAGAACCCAGCAUCAAAAUUUGGUCCCUGCCAUCCCCAAACUCACAACACUAACCACCACCUAACAGGAGACUGUGAUUCUUACAGAAAGAGCCAUGACACGAAGAAAAGGAAAUUGGAUCCAACUUAG